GCGGCGGGCGACGUGGAGGGUUCGGGGCUAGCUGCCCAGAAUACUCUCGUGGGCAACGCAACACGGCAGCGAGGCACUGCAUGUCAAUCUGACCCGUACAUGAGGGAUGGUGCCAAAAGCCCGGGGGCCCUUGGCCUGCGCUAGUCUGGUGAACGGCGCGACAGGGGUCGGCGUUAGGGUGGAUGGGCGCCCGCUGAGGUCCGCGCGCGGAAGGAGCGACGGACGGCUCUCGUCUCAAAAGCAGGCGCAGCCCGCCGUCGCUUCCUGCUCUGCCUACCCGUACAUCACCACCACCCAUUACCAAGCACACGCAGACGAACCCUCGUCUCCAUAUCGAUUGGGAUCCAAGCUCGUCUGGAUCCUUCUGGCACUCUCUAGCAUCCAACCCAACCCACCACCCAAUGUGCAGUAGACAGGCCCGGGCAUUUCCUCUUCUCCCCUCCGUCGCUGCACCUCCCCUCUCCUCGCCCUGCCGCCACCCUGUGCCAAGAGGCUCGUUUGCUCUGCAUAUUCCCAGGUGAAGAAGCAGGCACCGGCCUGGUCUCGUCCCCCCCCCCCC